CCAUGGCAUCCAUCAAGGAACGUGAAAACUUCGUCUACAUCGCCAAGCUCGCUGAACAAGCCGAGCGCUAUGAAGAAAUGGUGGAAGCAAUGAAGAAUGUGGCGAAGCUAAAUGUUGAGUUAACGGUGGAGGAGAGAAACCUUCUAUCAAUCGGAUACAAGAACGUAGUGGGUGCUCAUAGGGCUUCUUGGAGGAUUCUAUCCUCGAUUGAGCAAAAGGAAGAAGCUAAAGGGAAUGAUGUGAAUGUGAAACGGAUAAAGGUGUAUAGACAGAAAGUUGAAUCUGAGUUGUCCAAUAUAUGCAGUGAUAUCAUGACUAUUAUUGAUGACCACCUUAUUCCUUCAUCCUCUUCUGCUGGUGAAUCUAGUGUCUUUUUCUAUAAGAUGAAAGGGGAUUAUUAUCGGUAUAUGGCGGAAUUCAAGACUGGUGAUGAGAGAAAAGAGGUUGCUGAUCAUUCCAUGGAAGCAUAUCAGAUAGCUUCAACUGCCGCAGAAGCUGAGUUACCUCCCACGCAUCCCAUUCGAUUGGGUUUAGCUUUGAACUUCUCUGUGUAUUAUUAUGAAAUUUUGAACUCUCCGGAAAGGGCAUGUCACCUUGCUAAGCAGGCAUUUGAUGAAGCAAUCUCUGAGUUGGAUACUCUGAGUGAGGAGUCUUACAAAGACAGCACACUGAUUAUGCAGCUUCUAAGGGACAACCUCACAUUGUGGACUUCUGACAUCCCUGAAGAUGGAGCUGAGGAUGAAAAGGUGGAGUCUUCGCGAGCUGGUGAAGGUGAAGAUGCAUAG